CACUAUCAUUGCAUUUUUGCACAGAAACUGCAGCGCCUCAAGGCCAAUCGACCGGACCUUUUCGAAGCCACAUCAAUAGAUUAGUCUUCACGUGUAACGUCGCAGACCUCGCACCAUUUCCGCUUCACUGCCAGCCUCGCCUUGGCAAUCAAGAUAACGCGUUACCUUCAGGUCGGUUUCGUUGUUUUCUUCCACUGUUCGAGAGCACGACUCGCGCUGUACUGAGCCGCACGAUUUACUGCAUCGAAUACUAGUAUGCUGCUCGAAGUGGAACGCAAAUUCUGUCCCUCCGCCGCAGGCCUGAUCACUUGCAAUGCGGGAUCGCCUCCUUUUCGACAGAUAUUGCGACACCGACGACAGGUCUUCAGGGACGUCUACUAUGAUCAUGGACGUUUCCUCCGCAACGCUGGGGUAUGGCUCCGCAGGAGGAAUAAGCGGUGGGAAGCCAAGCUCAAGGUUGGGGGCGAUUACAAGUAUUCACAGUUCCAAGAAGUGAAAGGGAAAACGGCAAUCGACGCUGCUAUUGCCAAACACCUUCAAGGACUUAUUUCCCGCACAGGACCACGACAUUUGGACCUGCCGCUGUUCUUGGGUGCUUGCAGAAUCGAGCCCGUGGCUGAUAUCGAAACGAUGAGAGAUUCCUGGACUGCGGACGACGAGUACACCAUUGUCAUUGACACCACAGAUUUCGGCCACACCGUUGGUGAAGUCGAGCUAGAACACAAUCACCCAGAACUCGUCCAGGAAGAUGCGAAGAAUGAUAUGCUGAAGCAAAUGGACCAGAAGAUUGCAGUGUUUAUGCAGCGUUACGCUUGGGCUUUUCCGUCCGGGCAAUGCAAAGGGAAGCUUACAGCAUUCUUCGAAUGGAAGAACAGAGCGACCGAGCAGAAGCCGUUCGAAUAAUGAUACCAUCUGCCUCUUGAGACAACAAAUGCGGCGACUUCAUACACAUCCACGAAUAGUCACCCAAAAUGACACCUCUUGGGCUUAACAAACAUUGUGUCGCUGAUAUCCCUUUCUUGCAUACCCCCUAUCCAAACCAUGGCCGCAUCUCAACCUGAGUUUCAGCCUCAGCCGUUGGACUAUCGUAUGACACCACCGUUUCGAAAUCCGCCUCCAAUUUCGCCAGCAUCUCUUUCCAAGCGGUCGAUCUGUCCAACUGCUCCGUCAAACCGUUCCAAGACUUCUUUGUGUCUCCACUGGUAUCGAUCUUGACAACUUCCUUUCCAGCCUUUACAAAAUGGUCCAGGACUGCUGGAUUCUCUUUCUCGAAUUCGGCAUAUCGCUUGGCAAACACAUCUGAUGUAUCUCGGGUUCUGCUACCGU